AUGUGGACGACUCCAAAGAAGUCUAGCCACUCGGAAGAAGAUAAUUUCCUGGAGAGCCCCAUUCUGGGUGCCUUCAACUCUCCGGAUAGUCAGAUAUCUAUUGACCGGCAAAUGGAUGUGACCAACGUUUCGUUUCUUCUUGAUGAAGCACUCAACCUCGACUUCAGACUUGAAGCAGCUGAGACGGAUAAAAGGGGCAAUCAACAUGUAGAAUUGGACAAAGUGGCGGCCACAAAGAAAGUUGAAGAAAUCCUGGAUGUCAAAUAUCAAGAGCUGCAGGCUGCCGAAGAAACGAUGAGGCUCACGCUACAGUGCACCAAGUCCUCUCGGGACUGCGUGCGAAUCCUGACGCAGAAUUUUCAGUCGCAAGAAUCCUUUGAUGCCUUGAUCACAAGGCUGGAGAAGCUCUACGAUGACGAGUUGAAGCUUCAAGAUGCAGUACAGAAAGAGGAGGAUCUCAUCAAACUCUAUAAUGAUAAGCUGAGGAAAUUCCAACGACACUGGGAUGAAGCCAGGGGCGAUGCGACAAGCCCGGAGGCCUGCUACAACGAUUGCGUGAAGCUCGCGACUCGAGAAGAAGAGAUCAUCAAGCAUAACCUCACCAAAGUCAAAAAAGUUCUACACGAGAAUGAGGAACUCAAGAAACAACUGUUGGCGAGGAGGAACAGAAUAUCAAACGUUGUGAGUGGCCCAGGAUCCGAGAAUCUCCUCGACAUUCAAUCAAGAUACAACGAGCUGGUGCUCGAGCUCAACCGCUAUCAGGUACAACUAAAAGACCUCGAAGCAGCCAACCAAGCUCUCGCUGGGACUGCAGAAGGAAUGCAAGACAACUCGGAUGGGAUGCAUAGGAAGUUCUUCUGA